GCCUCGUUGUUGCUCGCUCUUUCCGUCAGUCAGGUCGUAUGGUGGUUGUGCCCUUGGACCACCGUCGAUUUUUCUCUGAGCGGAACGAAACAAAGAUAGGUGUGCCUGUUUGUUAUAAACAAUCCGAAACUUUAAUAUCUAUAUUAUCAAACUACCGGAAAAAUACGGCGAAACACAACCAUUCUGUAGCUGAAUUUAGCUUGUGAUCGGUGACCUAGUUCCGCAAAGAUCGAGCCGAGCCUACACGAGGAGCCGGCCAGCUGAUUUCCAAUAUGGAGGCCGACCAACAUUUAGCUAACGACUACAUUUCCGAUUUUGAUCUUGAUCAGUUACUUGAUCCUUCAGCAAUAAAAAAGGAGACAAAUAAAUUCGCUGAUUGUUGUGGGUCGGCGGUAAAUGUGCCCGUCCCAGGCCCCGUGAAGAUUGCUAGGCCGACCGCGCCUGCCCCAACCGGGCAUAGUGUUCCACCGUCGCCAAGUUAUGCAGAGAGUGUGCCCCCAAGUCCGACCGAGAAUGAACAGUUGAUGGAGGAUAUAAGUUGGCUGACUCAGAGUGUAACAGGGUUCCCCGGCUCUGAUGAUAGUUCUAGUAACGACAGCGAUGUGGACAUGCUCAUAUCAUCCAGUCCCGAGUUUGUGAAAAAUUUCAGCAAGUAUUUGGUAUCGGGGGCUGAGGCAGGCAAGGGAGAGUUACAGAGCACACCACCCAUACAAGUUCAAGAAGAAAAUGCAAAAUUUAAACGCUCUCUUAGCAAUGCGAGCACCGACAGCAAUUUCAGUUCUGUGUCGUCCAAUAUGGCGGUCGAAGACAAAGUGGCCGUGAAAAUAAAGACCAGCCUUAAAGCACCGAAAAGGAACAACAUUAACAAAAAAUUCGAGCCUUUGGAGGAUGAUGAAUUGGUAAUGCUCCCCGUGCGAGAGCUCAAUCGUCGUUUGCAGGGAAUGACAAAGGAGGAAGUGCAGAAACUCAAACAAAAACGCAGGACAUUAAAAAAUCGAGGUUACGCGCAAAACUGCAGAUCAAAAAGAAUGCAACAGCGCAGUGUAUUGGAGAAAACUAAUAAAUCUCUUGAGCAACAAGUGCAGCAACUACAGAGGCAGCUCAGCUUGCUGACCCGCGAGAAGGAAUUUUAUAAGCAGCAGUGCGAUCUUCUUGGGGCUCGAUGCAGUAUCAUCACACAGGCGAGGAAGCGUGACGGUUCCCUUACUGACGGCUCUGUUUCUAGCUACCCAAGUUCCCCAGAGUAAAAUUUCAUUAACUCCAGGACAAUGAAUUUCCUCAAACCUUUGUAUACAUCGCUGGGUUUGUGCUAAUUUAUUAUCAAAUUUUCAUAUCCUCAACAGUGGAACAUGGAAAAGAAAAAUCAUGUAAAUAUUUUGAGAAAAUGUCCCAGCAACUAUAUUUUAGUUUCACCCAACUCAUAAUCUGUGUUACUACUAUAAGUAUGUAUAGUUAGAUCAGCUGUUGAUUACCUUGUUGUUUAUGUUUUUACAGUUCAUCAACUAUAGUAUGAAGUAUGUACAAGCUGUUAAUCCAUGCUUACUCCAAGCGUCUGUUACUUGUUAAAAAAUGUUGUUUUAAAAAAAUCUUGUUGUUGAGUGGGGAUAGAAUUUCAUUGUCGGCUUUCCUUGAUAUUAUGAGAAAUCUGUUUUUUUAUUUUUUUUGAUGUUGACCUCCUACUCUCCGAUGUUAUUUUGUUAGAGAUGAAUGAUGAAUUGAAAAUUGUUCCCGACUUUUGUGCUCACUGAAUAAUUGUUUAAAAAAUGCGACAAUUUCCACAAAAGGAGGAAAUGUCUGAGCAUGCAAUAGUUGUGAACAAUUUUAAGUGCAACAUUCACUUUUAGAGUACCCACUGCAAGGGCAAACAUAAACCAGUGUGGUUACCUAUAAUGAAAUGAUCUGUGAUAGUGGAAGUUAGGGGUCAUAUCAAAACACCGAUUUUUAAGACUUUUUAAUAUUUUGAGUCCCUGUUUUGGGAAAAGGACAUUGCGAGUGAGAUCUGGAUUUUUUUUUACUGGAGUUGUCUGGAAAUGAAGCUUGUAUGACAAAACUUUGUGUGGUUGCCCAGAGAACUUGCAAUAGAGGGCUUAUUGUGGAUUCUGAUGGCAAAUCAGAAAGAGAGAAAAGCUAGUUCCCAUUGUUGGCUUUACAUUAUGAGAUGUAUAAUUGUUUUGUUUCUUUUAAAUAAUGUGUGAAUGUAUGAGUGAAGUAUUGUGUGUGUGUGAAUAUAUGUUACAUUUUAAAAGUUAAAAAAAAAUUACAAAGAGCAUCAACAAAAUAUUAUAAAAAUGUUUUAAAAUGUGAAAAAUAUAUUUUAAAAAAAAUGCUGGUGUAAUAGUUAACCAGUGCCAAAAAAAUAGCAAAAAUGUGAAAAAGAUGAAAAAAAAAUGCCCAGAUGAGUGUAUAUUGAUAUUGCAAAAUAUUGCCCUUCAAGCUUGCUUUUUCAGCAAUUUAAAAUUGACAACGAAUUGAGGAUUAAGUGAACUGAAGGCAGGAUUGUACCUAUUCUGAUAGAAGUGUGGGCAAACUGGAUCAGUCGGAUACGAACCGUUUUUAUUUACUGGACAUGACAUUAAAAAAGCAAUUUGUAUGUAAAGUUAAUAUUCUUUGCAUCACAGAUUAGUAAAUGUAUUUUGUAAAGCAGGAAGUCACAUGCAACCUUUUACAAGUUACACUGUGUUGAUGGCAAUUUGUGAAAGAAAUCUGGAGGACUGUUGGUUCAAAAUGGCAACAGUAGUGCAAUGAAUAAGAAAUAAUAUUGUUAUUGCAAUAAAUACUUGUUGAGCCUGUUUUUAUCCAGUGAACAAAAGUGCUUUUGAGGUGGAUCAAACUUUCUGCUUUACAUUUUAAUGUUAUCAUGUUUGACUUGUUCGCCUGCUGGUGCAAGUAAAUAACUGCAUGAACUUAUA